UGAGCUGACAGCUGCUUUGUAGCUACACUAGUUCCGUAGAAACAGACAGAGGAUGAGAAACUCAUAAAAUAAAGGAAAAUAAGGAAAAAAAUUCAACAGAUCACAGAGUUUCUUGUGGAGAAGGAUCGGCAGACAGAUGCAAAAAGUGAGGACAAAUAUGUUUUUAAAUGUUUGCUUUUUAAAAAAAUAACAUGGGAGUAAAAGUGGAUGAAAAUGUAAGUAAAAUCAUUUUUUUAUUUUUAUGAUAAUUUUCACAGACAAUUUGUGAUAACUUAAUAAAGCUCCAGAAUUUGAAGUUGGAAAAAUACCAGAAAUCGUUACUGAGGGUCAAAUGUGUACUGAACACAUCUUUAUUCUUAAAGUGCAUAUGACUAAUUUUUUAACCAAGGAGAGUGUUCUAUCCAUCUAUAAAAGAAGUAUUCUCUGUAGGACAAAUUUGAUUUUGUGUAUUUUAUAAGAUGUUAGCUGUUGUUGGAUUAAUGGUUAAAUAUUUAGCUCUUUCAUUGUAAAUUUGACUCCAGAGGAGUCAGUGCCUCACCAGUCAUCAACCUCACCAAACGUCACUGCUUUGGACAGCUGCAAGACCAUGUUCUUUCUUGGACUCCAACUUGUCUUGGAGUCUUACCGCAGACUGAUUGCACAAUGUCCAUUUUAUUUGUGUUAAAACUGUCGAAGAUUUUUAUUUUCUGUCCUCUGACUCGCAGCACAGUGCCGUUGACAUUCUAGUGUGGUAAUUGUUCUCUGAUGGUACUUUUUAUAGAAUAAACGGGAGAUCCUGAUUACAAGAGUGAAGAAAGCAAUUGCAGAAAACAUGGAGAAGUUUUUAAAACGAAAAAAUGAAGUACAAAGUUAUGCCAGUCCCUCUUCAAAGGCGAAAUUUAUACGAAAAUACAACCCAGAUUUGAUCAAUUUCGGCUUUGUGAACGGAGGCAGUGAGGCAGAGCCCAGAGCCCAGUGUGUUGAGUGUGGGCUGACAUUAUCCAAUGAAGCACUAAAACCGUCAAAAUUAAAGCGCCAUCUGGAAACCAAACAUCCGAAGCUCAUUGGAAAGCCAGUGGAUUAUUUCAAAAGAAAGGAUGAUGGGCUUCAGAUGCAGAGGAGGUCUAUCGUGUCACUGACUGGCGACGCUAAGUGUGCGUUAAAGGCCAGCUACCUCGUAGCCAGACGUGUGGCGCAGAGUAAGAAAGCGUUCACCAUAGCGGAGGAACUGGUUCUGCCUGCCGCUGUGGACAUGUGCCGUGAGAUGAUCGGUGAGGCUGCAGCAAAGAAGCUCAAGACCAUCCCGCUGUCGAAUGACAUUCUGGACGAGUCGACUGACGUCACGAAUGCUGCGCUGCUGUUGGUUUUUGUUCGCUACCGGUGGGAUAGCUCUUUGCAAGAAGACAUUCUGUUUUGUGGAGAACUUCCAACUCGAGCUACAGCUGAGGAAUGUUUCCGCUGCAUGGAUAACUACUUCACUGAGAAUGGCCUUGACUGGCAGAACUGUGUUGGAGUGUGCAGUGAUGGCGCAGCAUCAAUGACUGGCAGGCAUCGCGGUGUUAUCAAGCAGAUACUUGAUCUUGCGCCAGAAGCUAAAUGGACCCAUUGUUUUCUCCACCGUGAAAACCUUGCAAAAAAAAUGUCACCGGAGUUCCAUGAGGUGAUGGAUGUCACUGUGAAAACCAUCAACUUUAUUAAAAGUAAUGCUGUGAACUCCAGAUGUUUUGCUCAACUUUGUGAGGGCAUGGAAGCAGAUCAUGUCCAGCUGCUCUACCAUAGUGAGGUGAGAUGGCUCUCAAGAGGGCUUGUUCUCACACGGAUCUUUGAGCUUAGGAAUGAAAUUUUCUCCUUUCUCACUGAUAAGAAAUCUCCUCUUGCACAUCAUUACACCAACGCCACAUUCAUAGCUAAACUUGCCUACCUCUCUGACAUUUUUUCACUUCUGAACCAGCUGAACAUCUCACUUCAAGGGAGAAAUAGCAACAUAUUUUUUGUUGCAGACAAAGUUCAAGCUUUCCAGAAAAAACUUUCUUUGUGGAGUAAGAGGGCCCAUGAAGAGAGACUGGACAUGUUUCCACUUUUGUCUGACAUUUUGGAAAGCUCACCUCAGGUGAAGAUCAGUCAUUCAGUCUCUCAGCAUCUCUCACAUCUGGCAAAUAAAUUUGCUGAAUACUUUCCUGAGGAUCCCAGGGAGGGACACAUGUGGGUUGUGGACCCAUUUUCAGUUGAUCCCACUGAAAAUGAUGUUGCUUUGCCCUCACAUCUGGAAUCACAGCUUCUGGAAGUUUCCACUGACAGCACUUUAAAAGGGCAGUGGGGCAAACUGGACCUAGGUUCCUUCUGGAUUGUGGUCUCAAAGGAGUACCCACUUCUAGCACUGAGGGCUUUUAAAGUCCUUCUUCCUUUUACAACCACAUACCUGUGUGAAUCAGGAUUCUCAACUGUGGCCACAACUAAGACCAAGGCUCGCAGCAGACUCAGAGCAUCACUGGAGGCUACCCUUAGAGUGAGCCUUUCCCCCAUUCCACCCAGACUGGAUUUGAUCAUGUCUAAGAGACAGGCCCAAGUCUCGCAUUAAGAGGUUAACAUGAAAUGUGAUUUGUAGCAUGUUAAAAAACAGACUGUUGUGGCUGUUGUUAAUUUGUCACAGAUUUGGAGAGAAACAUAUGGUAAAAAAGUUAAGACCACUAAUUUGUCAAGUUCAUCAGCAUUUUGUAAGGUAAUAUUUUAAUUAGAACUUUAUUUAAGCGUCAUUUACAGUUUAUUUAAUUUCAAAAUUAUUUUCAAGUGUGCUUGCUUUAUUACCACACAAUUUUAUUUAUCAAAAUGCCUCAUAAAUGUUUUUGGAAUUCUAAUUUGUGCUAAGCAUGACAACUGUGGUUUACCUGUUCAGUGUGAAAAUAAAUGUCUUUGAGAUGA